AUGUCCACUACCUCAUCCACCUCCCCGACUUUGCCAUACCGCAUCUCUACGCAAACCCAGCAACAGCCACCUCACUCAGACUCGCCGAACCAUACCAUGCUUUCCCAUCACAAGUCCACUCCGCAUAGUGCCGACCAGUACAUACAGACCGUGCCGAUCGCCAAUACCACCCAUCAUCCAAUGUAUAACAGCAUGAACAAUAUUCAUCUCGCUUCCCCCGACUACACCUCCCUAUCUUCGAUGGAGCCUGAUGCUCUUAAUUUUCAAACUAAAGCAAACGGUUUUGCCCCGGCGCCGUUCAGGACGUCCACGUCCUUCAAUCCUUUCUCGUCCCCUGCUUUCGGUCCGCCCUCUGCGGAUACGUUCAACACCUCGAGCCCGCUUUCUCAGAUCCCCACAUCCCCGACCCAGCAAGCACCACAAUCGUACAGUUUUGAAGCUAUGCAUCACCUUGGGCGUGUACACGACUACGCCGUCCCUGGAUCCCAAUCCUCGACCAGUGGGGCGAUCAAUGGGAUCCCACAGUCCUUUGGUGGUUUGGACCCCUAUCGGCAGGGACUUGAUUCAGCAUCGCUCCAACAGAAUCAUCAGACGAAUCAGCAGGGACCCGGUGGCAUGCUGACCAGUACACAGGCAUCGCAGUUGUCUAUGCAACAUCAGGUCUCGCAGCAGUCCUACCAAGGGGCCUAUCCUAACGGGAUUUCCCACCUUGGGCACGGGCCCCAUACUGCGUUACAAUCACAGACGCAGUUUGGGCCCACAUUGCCUGCUGUCAGCGCAGGAUCCGGACCUAGCGCUGGCGCGCAGAGCACGGGCCUUGGGGGCGCUUCUGGGAUGAACCAUGUGAACGGUAGUGCGCAGAAUUCCCAGCCACAAGAGGAGAUAUCCACCAUCUUUGUUGUCGGCUUCCCCGAUGACAUGCAGGAGCGUGAGUUCCAAAACAUGUUCACGUUCUCACCCGGCUUCGAAGCUGCCACGCUAAAGAUUCCCAACAAAGAAUUCACUGCUUAUGGUGCGGGCACUCCGACCGUUGGUGGUCGUCUCCCGUACCCAGGAUCUAACGAUCCAUACAACCUCGUCACUGUCAAUCAAGGCGGGGUCGUAGUAGAUGGUGGAAGAGACGGUACCACAACGUCGUGGCCGGCGGCAGCACCCCUGCAGCCGAAUGACGACGGCCACUACCUUCAAUCCAACGUCCCCGCGCAGACCACCCGUAAGCAGAUCAUUGGGUUUGCUAAGUUUCGCUCGCGGCAGGAGGCUAUCGAUGCACGCGAUACCCUUCAGGGUCGACGGGUUGAUAUUGAGCGCGGUGCAGUACUGAAGGCAGAGAUGGCCAAGAAGAAUUUGCACACGAAGCGGGGGCCUGGCGUUGGCCCUCUCGGCAUUCCCCUUGGUUCGCUGGUUAACGGUCAAUCUGGCCCGGGGCAGGCAGAGUCUUUGUCUGGUAUCGCGGGUCUUAAUGGUAUAGCUGGCAUCGGCCCGAACUCCGGGACCACUGGUAAUGGCGAGCCCUUCGCUCAGAGGGACAGGGAGUUAGGUGUUCUGGGUGCUAUGGGGAUCGCGUUGAACCAGCGCAGGAUGAUGGACGGGAGAGAGGACGAAGAACGCUCGAGACGUCCGGACGUCGGAGUGGUCGGCCUUGGCGCUCUCGGUACCCGUGGAGCCAGGGAACGAGCUGAGGAAGACGAACGCGAACGUGAGCGCAAACGCAAGGAGAGGGAGGCGUUGCGGUUGAGACAGAACUCGUUUGCCUUUGAGGCUUUCCACUCUGUUCCGCAACAGAUGGUACGUCAAGGCGCGAAUUCCCUGUUGUCCGUCGAGAGUGGUCACUUGCUCAGCGGAACGGGUUUGCCAUCCCCACAGUCGACACACAGCGUUCCUCCGCAGCCGGAGGGUUUCAAUGGUGCUCCUUGGGGUUCGCUGCGUGAUGUCAGCGCCAGUGCUGCUUUGAGGAAGAUGUCUAUGCUGGCUACGAACCUGCCUGCGCGUCCUUCGUCUCCCCUUUCACAGAUUUCCCCUGGCGCGGAUACGGCGACCAAUCCGCCGUCCGCUCCUGUGUCAGCGUCGUCCCAGAAUGGCAGCGCGAUGCCGGGUAGUCGUAGUGCCCCUUUCUCGCCUCAGUCCAGUUCCUCCUCACUCCCCAGUCACCCGUCGCUUCCGUCUCGUCCGCGGCCGUACUCACCUGGCAGCGAGCCACAGCCACAGCCAAGUAUAUUGGGACAGGUUCUGAUCAAUUCUUCGAUACCUACCUCUAGUGCGUCCAGCGUCAGUGGUUCUCAGAGUGGUAAUGAAGAGGAACUUUCCCGGUCUGUGGCUGCGCUAGCAGUGAGUACAGCCCAAGGCACGACGUCUCCUCAACUACCGUCUCCAUCCUCUGGAGCUAGUUCAGGCACAGGGAGGAAUUCCGGUGAUCAGAACCCACCUAUCAACACACUGUAUGUCGGGAAUUUGCCAACGUCUUCCACUGCUGGUGUGACAUCCCUCAACUUUCUCGAAGACCGCUUGAGGGACUUGUUCUCCAAAAGGCCGGGAUACCGCAAGCUCAUAUUCAGGCAGAAGAGCAAUGGUCCGAUGUGCUUUGUCGAGUUUGAGGACGUGAGCUUAGCCACGAAAGCCAUUAAUGAGCUAUCUGGUCAUACGCUAAACGGAUUGGUCAAGAGUGGUGGCAUACGGUUGUCGUACAGCAAGAACCCACUUGGCGUCCGAACUCCCACCAGUAGCACUAACGCCUCAAGCUUGCAGCAACAGCAGCAGCAGAUCAUCGCACACGGGCAGUCAUUUAUGGGUGACGUGUUCCCUCAAGACGCUGGACGAUCUUUACGCCGUGACAUGUCGGGCAUGACAUCGCCUACGACCUCUUAUCAUUAUACGACAUCACCUCCUCCUCCUCGAUUUGUUUCCCCCCCUCCGUCUGCUCCAUUUGUCACGCCGUUGUCGAGCUCGACGGCGUUUCCUAGAGCCAACCCGCAGGGGUAUGGUAUGACGUUGGGCGGCUCCAGCUCGUUCUCUCCUUUCGGCAUCUCCCCUUCUCGUUCAACGAUACCCGAUCAGCCCAGCGCUGAUGCCAACCACGAUUAUCUUCCCAAUCUCUCCUCUUCCGCAGCGAACAUAGAGGCCGGCCGUGUCGGCUGA